AUGCAGCUCAUAAAGCAGAAGUUACUGAAAUUUUGGGACGAAGGAUGGUUGGUGGGAUUUAUAUCAAAGCAUGACGCUUCGCAGUCCAUGAUGAUGUCAAGUCAUUCGACCUUCCUGCUGCGCUUCAGUGACACCCAGACGGGCGCAGUCAGCAUAGGAUUUGUGUGUGAGGAUGAUGAUGGUCAGAAAGUGCCUUUUCAUCUGGCACCAUUUUCCAUCAAGGAUCUCGACCAGCUUUCUCUAGCUCAGCGCAUAGCCAGCUGUCCUCAACUGAAGGAGAUUAAGUGA